GUGGCGCAAAACACGAGCGGUUUUCCUCAACAACGCGACUGAGACCAGAUCCAGACGGACGGCUCUGGUUGCUUUUGGAGGGCUUGAGGCGCGAGUGGAAGGAAGCCUGCGGAGCCCCGGCGCGGAGGGGAGGACCCAGAACUGAGCGCAGCUCCACAACAGCCAGGGCCCCGUUUAUCUGCACCAGGCAGGGAGGCGGGUCCACUUCCCUUUCUCCCCCUGCCCUCCAAAUUCUCCCUCUCUUUCCUACAACCUGCCUCAGUCGACGCCCUUUCUGCUCCGGAGGAAGCCGAUCAGGCGCUGAGUGUCACCGGGCUGCGCGCCUCCAGCUGCCCGCGGCAUCACCUCGCCAAGAUCCGGAGCGCUGUCGAAGAGGAGGAGGAGGAGGAGAGAGAGGGGGCUGUUGAAAUACUCCGAAUUGAGGCUUAAGAAAUAAGCAAGAAGGCUGCUCUGGAGAGGCGAAAGGCGGUUGAGAUGGCUGAGGUGUCACAAGAGGAGAGACUGCAGGCUAUAGCUGAGAAAAGGAAGAAGCAGACAGAGAUUGAAAACAAGAGGAGGCAACUUGAUGAUGAUCGACGGCAACUGCAGCAUCUCAAGUCCAAGGCGCUGAGGGAGCGCUGGUUAUUAGACGGCGCUCCAGAAGAGGAAGAGACACAGAGACGCCUUCAGGAAGAUGAGGUGAAGACCAAGCUUCUGGAGCAGGUCAUCCUCAGGCUGGAGCAGGAGAUUGAAGAGCUGGAGACAGGCGUGCCAGCUAAUAAGGGAGUGGCCAAAGAAAAUGGAGGUGAGAAUGGUGUAGUGCAAGGCUCCGGUCAAACCCCCAAGAGAGAUGUGACAGGAAUCGAGGCCAAACUGCUGGGCCCCAGUCCGGACCAGGCGAGCGCCGACAACCCGGUCACGCUGGUCUUCAUGGGCUACAAGACGGUGGAGGAGGAGCAGGAGGGCCGCACGGCUCUGGGAAUGGACAACGCAGACGGCAACGUCAAAGCCGAGUUUGUAGUGAUCGAAGACGGAGAGGGGAAGGGGGGCGCGGACGGGGCCACGGGCGAGCAGGCUCCACCUAACGGCAGCAUGGUGGAGAAGGAGAAGGAGGAGGAGAAGAAGGAGAAGAAACAGACGUGCAAAUGCUGCACCAUCAUGUGAGCUCAGUGUGAGUGUGUGGAUGAGUACGCAUGCUUCCACCAAUCAGCCGUGGUGUCGGGACGUGGCCUGUCGGCGGCCUCUGUGUGUGCAGACUGGAUCUCCUGGGGUUAGUGUCCGUCAUGAGUCGGGGGGGGGGACAGCACGGUGAUGCAUGCGGGAAGCUCGGGCCCACUGCACUGCAGCAGAUAAAGUGAUCGGAAAUUUACACACCUGUUGUGGCGGAACGUUAACAAGUUGUCAUCUGCUGUUGCACUUGUUGCAGAAUUAUGAAAUAUACUCAUUGAAACGUUUCACUUCCCUGCUCCAGAUGUGGCGCCAGGAAGGCUCAUUCAAAUGUCAAAGUAAGUCAGAUCUGAGUUGUCUGAAUAGAACACCAAAAACAUCUGCAAAAGUUUGCAACCUCACCAUUUUUACUUAAGUUUUACUGAAGUUGAAGUGCAGAAAUUAGUUCAUGAAAGAACAGCAGUUGAACUGUAUGGACUGCGGCUUUGAUCUCACUUCACCACGUGGACACGCGUCAGUUUAGGAAAACGGACUUCAGAAGUCGGAUGUUACUUUUUGCGGCGGUCCUCAACCCACGCGAUAUUUUUGGAACGUGUCGGGAGAAUAUUUCGUUCUGUGGGAUGAUGUCCCCGAAUGACGUCAUGUUUGUUUACUUUCCAUCACUCGACCCUAAAAAACCGACUGAAAACACUUGAUAAAAAAAAAAAACUUGCUCAAGAGAUUUUUAGAUUUAAAUUAGAGACAAUUAGAAUGCAAAAACAUGUCCCUAUUCCUAUUAUGCACUUUUAAUUUUCAACCUACAUGAACUUGAUAUUGUUUUAUAUUAUUAUAGAUAUAGCAGAUAGCAGAUAUAUAUGUAUGAGGUUGAAACCAGGAAGCUCUUAAUGAUCAUUAAAUUAAAUUAUCUCCACUCCGGCCAUUUAGUUUACAUUAUGAAUUCUAUUUCUUCAGGGAACAGAUCCACGACUUGUUCCUUUAUGUGAGGUGAAACAACACUGGGUUCUGAAUUCCAUCCUCUAGCCACAAAGUAGACUGUUCCUAAAAGGAUGGUUCACAAGGACGGUUUGGCAAAAACUACCAGUUGACCACUUGUACUGACCCGAAUAAGGAAUACCUCAAAGAAGUGGCUGAAAAAAAAUUAACAAACACAUUGGCUGAUUGGUGCAGACGUGUGUCAUCAUCGUGUGUGUGUGUGUGUGUGUGAGUCAAGACUGGAGAACAAAGCAAAGUUCACAGCCGACGUACCAACUCUGAGAGCCCGACUGAGCUCCUGUGACCAGAACCACAAAGACUCAUAGAUACUCUGUCGACCUUUUUCCUCUGACACGUAUUUGACUUUUGGUUUCUAUUGAUAUUUUUCUAUUUUUCUGUCUUGACAUUUCUAUUGUAUUCUGUAUGUAACCUUUAUUAUGGGACUGUGUACUGUAAGUUCAAUGUUAUUAGUGUUCAAAAAUGGUAUCAGCCAUCUAAAUUGUUCUGGGGAAAAAACAUGAAGGACAGAGAUACUUAAAUAUAUAUAUAUAUUCAAAUAUAUAUAUAUAUAUAUAUAUAAAUUUCUCUGUGUUGGCCGAUCAGCUAUUUAUCAGUCAAUUUCAUAUUGCAAUAUUGUCGAAGAUAUUAUUUUAAAUAGUAUUUUAAUAUAUUGAUAUGAAAUUAUGUUUUAUACAAUGUAUUUAUUGUCCUUGGGUUCUCUAGAUCAUUUAUGGACUGCAUGUCGCGCCUGUGAGCUCUACCAGAUUUGAGUUACCAUCAUAAAAGUGUCUGUGCUUUCGCAUCAUAUGUGCUCAUAUCUUUAGUCACUCAUGUCUAUCUGCCAAAAGUUACAAUUGGCGUUGUUGAAUAUUCAAGUCUGUAUACCUAAGAAGUCACUGAAAGAAAGAGCCAGCUGAGAAAACUGGCCGUCUAUAGCGAACCUUUGCUUUCUGAGUACUGUAUGUGGCACAAGUUCUUUUGUAUUUCCGACUAGAAGGGUCACCGUUGCUUUGUUUUCAAGUGACAAACAUUGCGCAAUGAUAAGAAACGCUUUGACCAUGUUUUCUCCAGCAUAGGGGUCGAUGUUAAUCGGAAGAGGUAGCACUGCAUGAAGCCUUGCAACGUACUGUCGUGAGCGUCUCGUCACUGUUAGACACUAUCAUGUUCACUUGAAUGUAAGUCCAGAGGUCAGAUUGGGAUUGAUUUGCGACCACGGCAAAGCUUUUUAUUCGUCUCUUCAUGAACCAAAUAAAUUCUGUUGCUACUGUA